AUGACGGAAUACGAAAGUGCAAAGAAAGUGAAAGGAGCACAUUUUUAUGAAGCAAACGAGAAGCAUUCAUAUGGUGGAUUCGUGUGCGCCGCGGCGUGGGUGUACUGCCUGUUCCUGUCGGUGCCACCGCUGCUGGGCUGGAGCCGCUACAUCCCGGAGGGCUUCCUCACCUCCUGCUCCUGGGACUACCUGACGCGCACGCCCGCCAACCGCGCUUACUACAUCUACCUGCUCGCCUUCGGCUUCGUCCUGCCCGUUUCCGUCAUUGCGUACUGCUACACCUUCAUCCUGGCUGCAAUACACGCUCACGGCCGCGAGAUGAAGGGUGUAGAGUCAGCAGGGGGCCGACGCAGCUUCCACCGCGCCUCGACGCACCGCCCCCCCUGCUCGUCCACUGUGCGCUCGCUGGAGAUCAUCGUGACGCUGGUGCUGCUCUUCCUCAUCUCGUGGACGCCCUACACCGUCGUCACGCUCAUCGGCCAGUUCGGGGACGAGUCGUUCAUCACGCCGUGGGUGGCCUCCCUGCCCGCCUUCUUCGCUAAGGCGUCGGUGGUGUACAACCCGAUCGUGUACGGCCUGUCGCACCCGCACUUCCGCGCGUCCAUCAAGCAGUACCUGUCGGGCUACCGGGGGCCGUGCUCCGCCUCCGGGCUGCUGCCCACCGCGCCGCCGCCCACCACGUGGGGCAGUCUGGUGCUGCGCCGGCGGCCGCGCGCCGCCUCCAGCCCGGGCCACGUGCAGCACGUGCGCUGUUUCCUGCCACCGCAGCACCGACACCUUCACCACUACCACAGCGAGCCUCCAGACCCGCCCUCGCUCGACGGCAGCAGGUCACUGAUGUCGAGCAGCCCUCCGAUGGUGCGCGGCCACCGCUCGCUGGGCGCCGCCCCCGCCGCCUCCUGCGUGGUGCUGCAGGGGGAGCGCCGGCGCGUCUGCUGCCUCAGGGAGGCCAUGGCGGCCGCCGCCGCCGUCUGA